GUUGUGUUUAUCGUGAUUCCACGUCGCCGUGUUGAUCAAGCUUCUGGCCGAGCCGAUUCUUGUCCGUGUUCUUUUGCUUGUCAUUCUCCGUGGGUAGAUUUUUCUAGAUAAAUAGAGAUGGGGGGUCUUAUGAGCUACUUUUCUGGUCUUUUUGGGAGCAAGGAGCGACGUAUUCUCAUCCUUGGUCUGGAUGGAGCAGGAAAGACAACUAUUCUGUACCGACUCCAGGUUGGGGAAGUUGUCACCACAAUCCCAACCAUUGGAUUCAACGUGGAGACAGUCACCUACAAGAAUCUGAAGUUCCAAGUGUGGGAUCUCGGUGGGCAGACUAGCAUCAGGCCAUACUGGCGCUGCUACUACUCCAACACUGAUGCCAUCAUCUACGUGGUGGACAGCAUGGACCGUGACCGCAUCGGCAUCAGCAAACAGGAGCUGGUCUCCAUGCUGGAGGAGGAUGAGCUGAAGAAAGCUGUGCUGGUCGUGUUUGCUAACAAGCAGGACAUCGAGGGAGCCAUGACAGUCACUGAGGUUGCCAACGCCCUGGGCUUGCCGGCUCUGAAGAACAGAAAGUACCAGAUUUUCAAGACAUCAGCCAUCAAAGGAGAUGGCCUGGAUGAAGCCAUGGAGUGGAUGUCCAAUACUUUGGUACAAACCAAGUAAUCAGAAGCCAGCAAGUGUGAGGGACCAUCUGAGCAACUGUGUAUGUGUGUCUGCAUGUGUGAGAGUAUGUGUGUGUUUGUGGCAUGACUGCUGUGCACAUGUUUAAAGGAAGGUUCAGUGCUGUAUAUAAUUUCUAAAUGCAAGAUUUGUACAUACAGAAUUUUCUUUGCUGAGUGAUAAAUUAUAAAAAUUUGUGGUCUUUGUGGAUACUGUUGUGCCCAUUAUUUCUUCCUUCUCUUCUUGUUGAUAACAGAUUCAUUACUGACUCAUUUUUCCUUGUCACACGUUUAACUUUGUCAGCCAGUACUGUAUGCUGCAAACUAUUGUAGGAAUAUAAUUUUUUUCCUGUCAUAUUUUGUAAUCAAAGAGUUUUCACUGCAGCUUUAGGCUUGAAUUGCAUGCUGUUUUUUUCUAGAAACUUCUUUUUUUUUUGUGAAGCACUUUUGUUAUUUGUAUGAGUAGCAACCUAGAAUUACACUGCACUCUGAUAUUUUUUCCUCCGAUUUCAUUUUGUAAUUCUGUGAGUUGUGAUAGUUAAGCUUUAAGUUUAAAGUGUCCAGGCAUCUCAGUUGUUGUGCUGGGCAGAUGGCUGGGAGGGAGUCGGAGACAGUAUUUACCCAAAUCAUUUAUGUUUUUGACCAGCAUUGGUACGCAGCAUUUUGGUAUGAUCCAGUACCAUCGUCCUUUUCAUAUUCAUUUCCAAGUUCAGUAUCUUUAUUGAGAGCAUACGCAAACUAUUUCAUAUGAUAAUCAUACUCAAGUUUGGAUGGCUAAGGACUCUUUCAAUGUGAUUGAACCAGAAACUCUCAGAAUCUCCCUUCCAAGCGAAGAUAACCAUUUAAAAAUAUUUUCUCCCUCUCCUCCUAUAUGGAAAAAAAUAUUGUUUGUCUUUUGCAAGAAGAUAAUGCAGUGCAUGAAAUGCAGAAGCAGCUUAUGCUCAAGUUCUUGUAAGCAGAAUACGGUGGACAUUUUCCCACAUGUCGUGGGCUUUAACUAUUGCAGAGGAGUCUGUUCAUUUCCAUGCUGAAGUCAUUUCUCAGUUAUGUUUACAUUUGUUUUAUAAUUUUCCCAGCUGGUAGAUCAAAAGGGAAUGUCGAAAAAUGACAGUUCUCCCCCCUCCUGGGUGUGUUGCUUGAGUUAUUGAGGUGAGCAGUGUGAUCAAGGAAUGCUGUGGGGGUGUCAUUUACCGUGUGUGAGCUGCCGUUGCAUUACACUUUGGUUUUUGGGGGUCUUUUGUUUUUAUUUAUAUGUAUUAGCUAUUUGUUUUUCCCCGUUGGAUUUUCAGUGUGAUAUCAUUUGGUUUACAACUCGUGGUUAUUAUUUUAUACGGUUGCACGUCCCUAAGUUGCUUUUUAUUGUACAUGUCGAUUUGUCAUGGAGUGUAUUCAGUUCAUCAAAAUUUUUGUACACUGAUGCGGGGAGUCUUAGAAUUGUUUUUGUUUUUCAUAUGAUUGAGCUUGUCUUGAACAUUCAAAUGUCCAUCUCUUGUUUUCAUAAAUAAAAAUUCGGGGAGUUCA